ACACUCAGACUUUCACCAGCAACAUGGACUUCACUAUCCUCAUCCUUCUCACAAACCUUCAAGGCAUCUUUAGCAUCUCCUCAGUGAGCGAAGUACCAGUGGGAAAAGGACAGACCCUCAUCAUCCCCUGUCACUACAAUGCAGCAUAUAGACAUGAGAAGAAGAUAUUUUAUGGUUAUUAUUAUUAUGGUUCUUAUGUUUAUUAUUGGGAUUGGCGUGUUAUUGUGGACAGUGGACAUUUGUCUCAAUCAGAUAGAGUUACAAUGUCAGAUGACCCAGAACAAACUGUCUUCACUGUCACAAUGAGGAAUGUGGCGGAGAGUGAUGAAGGCUCGUACCAAUUUAAUAUUGAAGGAAGCAGUCGGGAUGAAUACAAGAAUGUCUACAUAUCAGUCAAAGAUUCUCCAGCACUCUAUGUUCCUAGUCAAGCUGAGACCGGAUACGUGGAUGGGAGCGUCACAAUAAAUUGCUACUAUAAGACCGAUGCAUGGAAGAAAUGGUGCCGGAUUGAUGGUGCCUGUGCCGAUUGGAAUUAUAUAGAUGGAAUGCGAGUGGACAUGAGCACUGAUGCAGAUAAAGGAGUGUUUAAGGUGAUUAUGACACGUCUACAACUGAAGCACACUGGCUGGUACUACUGCUCUGUGGGAGACCAACAGAUGCCUGUGCACAUCACUGUCAUACAGAAGACAACUACCCAGAGAACACAGCAGCCUGCAAUCAACACAACCACCACUAGAACAACCAGCACAGUUGAUUUCUCUUCCACAUCAACCACAGAUGAGACCCAUACUCAAAAUGGGUUCAGCCUGACUCUACCGUUGCGACUGUUGUGGCUGUUGCUGCUGGUGGUCAUCUAUGGAGCAUUGACUCUCAUCAGGCGGAAAAAAAGGAGACGUGCUGCAGACCCUGAUGAAGCUGUUUCUGAGAGAAAGAGUUCAGCAGCUUUGCAAAAUUCCCAGGAGGACCCAGAAGUCACUGACAGCAUGAUAGCUAUGACUCCUUCAGAGAAUGCAGCUGAUGACCCUCAUGUCUCUUAGAUAAGUUGCAGAUGUGAUCUACAGUGAAGUGGCAACAAAGUGAAGCAGAUGGCAGCAGAUUGAUUCUUCAGGACACACAAGGAUUACAUAUGAUAAACAUUUCAAUGAGCUGUCUUGUCAUUUUGGAUCUAUUUUAAGCUUAAUCAGAAAAUGAUUGAAAUAAGUCACAUAAUUGAACAUCCAAGUUGUGUUUUUUCCCCAACAUUCUUGAGUUUGGGGCAGGGUGGGAAUUACACCAAGGCCAUGAGGCCAUGGCCGCCGUUGCCCUACACUUUGGCCUUGAUGCCCUGUGAAAAAAAACCCAUCAUAAGGCCACAGUGGCCUUUAUGCCCCUGACUUAGGGUUGCCAACCAUUCAGUAUAAUACGGAAUCGUCCCGUAUUUGACACGUAAAAGUCUUGUUCUGUAUUGAACUGAUACGGAACGCUCUUUGCUCUUUGAGUGAAAUUAGGUCGGGUGCUUCACCUGAUAAUUUGCUGCGCAAUUGAUCACGCAUUCCCGGACUGACGGAAAAAGAAAGCAAACGCAACCAAAGUCUGCCAUGAUUGGGCCUCAACUUAAAGAAGUUUGAGGCUGUGUUAGUGUUUCUCAAAGCCUACAGCGGCUAGCGGGUCUAUGUAUUUGUGUCGAGAUAACCCUGAAAUGUAAAACCAUCGAAUGGCCUUGCCCCUAAAAUGACGAAAUUCCCACCCUGGUUUGGGGUUUAUAAAACAUUGUUUCACAUUUAUUCUAACAUUCCCUGAUUGUUUACGUAAGCAAUCUUACAGUGGAAAAAAAUAGAAAUGCAUAUAUCAAGCUGCAGCAAAAAUAGUUGGUUGGCCAAUCAGUGAGGGGCUCCAGAAUCCUGUUUGAUUUGCAUUGGAAUCAAUGAGCAUCAAACAGGCUAAUAGGCUCACUGGAAAAAAACGCCAUGCCAAUCUCUAUGGUGAAGGGUAUGUGAUGAUGUGGGGCUAUUUUAAUUCCAAAGGUCAAAGGAAUUUGAUUUUUACUCUUUUUUUUUUUUUAAUUAAGGCAUUAAGAUAAAUUGUCAAAUGUUGAUUUUAUAUUCCUCUUUGUAAGCAACUUUAGCAUGGUAUCAAAUACAUGUCGUAUGGUAAUAUUUACUCCUCUGUAUCAGCCAUGUAGAGGCGGUAGACCUUAAUGGUAUGACGCAGUGCAUAACCCAAGAGAAACAUCUCUACCUAUAAUGUAGAAAUAACAAAACAAUAACUAGGCUAUAUCACAAAAGACUCUGCCAUUGAAUGGUAAAACAACAACAACAACAGCAACAACAACAACAGUCUCGCUAACCCUUCCCACCUGCUCCAUGCCUCCACUGAAGCUCACCUGACUCUUUUCUUUUUAAGUUAAUUCAUAGGUUUCCAUAGUUCUGCAACAACUUAAAUGCAUGCACACACACACAGAGACACACACACACAC